AUAAGCGUGCCUGCAGCUGAAGUGCUAGAGUGGGAUUCCUAGAUCCACACAAUGCUUCAGGAUCACUUCCCCGUUUCCAAUAAUCCUAUCGCGUCGCUAGCAACUCUCUCAUAAAAAAUGGAAGGGAAGGGAGGAAGAAUUGCCCCACUUUCUACCCGUUCGAGGCCUUCCUGCUGAAACCCAACAGAGACACAUGCCUACUGAAACCCAACCAGAGUGAUUUGGUCAGAGCCACCUCUCUUAUGGGAACUUACUCAUCCUGUUUUGUGUUUAGUAGCAUCUCCUUAUUGAGAAAAGUUGGUCCUGGUGGUUAUUGUGACUCAGAAAUGGAAAGCUGUUCUGUGGAGGAAGAAGAGGAUUGCCCUGAGUUGAUUCCAAUAAGGGAUCAGGAGAUUAAGGACCGUGGAGGAGAUGACAUUCCAUCUAGCAAGAUCUCUAAGAUUCCUGUUACUAUUAUUACAGGGUAUUUAGGUGCUGGGAAAACCACUCUUCUUAAUUAUAUUUUGACAGAACAACAUAACAAGAGAAUAGCAAUUAUUCUAAAUGAAUUUGGUGAAGGAAGUGCCUUGGAGAAAUCCUUGGCUGUAAGUCAAGGUGGAGAACUCUAUGAAGAAUGGCUGGAGCUCCGAAAUGGUUGUCUAUGCUGUUCUGUAAAGGACAAUGGUUUGAAGGCUAUUGAAAAUUUGAUGCAGAAGAAGGGCAAGUUUGACUACAUCUUGCUAGAGACUACUGGAUUGGCAGAUCCAGGUGCUGUUGCCUCCAUGUUUUGGGUUGAUGCUGAAUUAGGAAGUGACAUUUAUCUUGAUGGUAUUGUAUCUGUUGUUGAUGCAAAGUAUGGACUACAGCAUCUCAGAGAAGAAAAACCCAGUGGUCUUAUCAGUGAAGCAGCUAGACAGAUUGCUCUAGCGGAUCUUAUAAUAGUCAAUAAGACAGAUUUGGUUUCACAAGAAGCACUGAUGAAACUGAGGACAACUGUCAGGUCAAUCAAUGGACUUGUCAAAAUUUUAGAAACUCAGAAAUCAAGAGUUGAUAUCUCUGAUGUCUUAGACUUGCAUGCUUUUGAUAGCAUGUCAGGAAAAAGUUUGCAGCAGAAGCUGCAGCUAGAGGAAGUACCUCACCCACACCUAGAUAAGAGUAUUGUCACAUGCACAUUUGAAAUAUUAGGAAGCACAACUGAAGAAGACCUAAAUGUGUUUGUUCAAAAUCUGCUGUGGGAGAAGAAUGUAAAAGACAAGAGAGAUAACCCCAUGGAAGUCAUAAGACUCAAGGGACUUGUGUCUAUCAAAGACAAGCCUCAUCAGGUGAUAGUCCAAGGUGUUCAUGAGCUGUAUGAUCUAGAAGAAACCACUGUAAGAUGGAAAGAGGAUGAUAAACGAAUAAAUAGGUUGGUUGUAAUAGGUAGAAACUUGGAUAAAGAUAUCCUUAAAGAUGCCUUUUUAGCUGCAGUGACAAAGAAAGAGGGAAAUGGUUAAUGUCAUCUUCUGAAGAAAGUACCUUUUCAACACCUCAUUUUUUGAAAAGGAUCAUCCAGAAUCCUGGAGCUGUUUUCACCUUUUGUACUGCUGUUAAAUUUGGAUUCUUCUGCAGUUUAACCCAUUUUUAUUUUAUUUCAUUUCAUUAAAUGAAUUUAGUAAA